AUGUCCCACUUCAUCCCCACGGUAUACACUGAGUCAACGACGUGGACUCGGGACUCUCAUGACCUCUUCGAUUACGAGAGCCAACACGUUGUUCGCCGGGACUUCGCUUUGAACCAAACGGUCAGAUUCGUGCGGAGAAAUGACGACGUUCGUAUAGAAGAUGCGUCGGUCGAUGCGAUUCCUUCAAGAGAGGAGUCGGACUAUCUCAUGAAAUGUAUCAAUUUCGAUUCAAGGUUCAUGAUACAACCCGCAGAUAAACAGUCGGGCACAUGUCGGCUGAUCCCCAAGAGUCUUUGGCUUGUUGUGAAAGAACUUGGACCCCAUACCCUUCUGGAAGGGGACAUCAUCAAGCUGGGUCGUUUCAAAUUGCGUGUGCGUCAGCUCUGUGCAGACUCCGAGGAUCGCUUGGUUCGACCAAUUCUGAGCAGCACUGACCCUGCGACCUCGGUAGCUCGAUGCGCCCCUCCAGAAGCCGAUGGCAUGCCGUGUAGGAUCUGUCUACUUGAGGCUUCUGGCUCGGAUGAAGAUGAUCCAUUGAUUGAAGCUUGCGCUUGUCGAGGGAGUAUCCGUUAUGUUCAUCUCGGCUGUUUACGUCACUGGAUAGAGGGAAGGUUGUGCCUCGGGGGGAAUGAUGGGCAUAAUACUCCACACACAUAUCUCUUUCAUCAACUCACGUGUGAGCUCUGUCGGACGAGCUAUCCGAUGAACGUCGUGCUCCCUGAUGGAACCACUUCCCAGCUCGUACCGAUGCCUGAGACCAAAGCGCCUUAUUUGGUAUUGGAGAAUGUGAUGCGAAUUGAUCCCAGAGAAGGUAUGAACGGUCAGUCCUCUAUGCACUCCAAGGGUGUCUACGUUAUCUCCCUCGCGGGUAAGAAGGCACUGAAGCUUGGUAGAGGCCACGAGAGCGACGUGAGAAUAGCUGAUGUUUCGAUAUCUCGUUGGCACGCGACGGUUUCGCUCGCGGACGAUGGAAGAUUUAUUCUAGAAGACCAUAAUUCGAAGUUCGGAACGCUUGUGGCAAUGCGGCGUCCAAAACUGGUCAAUGCCUCAACAGGCGACGAUGCGGCCGAUGCGGGAGGGUCAAUAUUGACAGUUCAAGCUGGAAGAACGGUUUUCAGGAUAAGCACAAGGAAACCUAGGGAUGAGGUGUCUGAAGAGACCACGAUACCAACAGAGGGAAACGAUACCUUCAUCCUGACUGAGAAUAUGUUGACUGGUGGUGCGCAGUCAUUGUAGCUCUAUGAUCUGACGGCGACGGGCUCAACAAGAUUGUGAUUCAUUUCUGCGGUUGUAGAUUCUGCUCUGAGCUACUGUCCUUCAUCGAAUUAACUAUAAUGCGGCUGUAAGUAUCACUGUAGUUCAGUGGCCGCGACAUACCUCAGUUUAGCUCCCUCGAGUAGCCUCGAUGUACGAUUGUUUUUAUAAAGCAGUUAGUACUCAGAUGACCCAUUUCGUGAGAUGUGUUCGACCACUUGAAGCUCGCCGC